AUGCUUAUUAAGGUAAGAUACCUUAAUACGAAGAAGUUCGUCCACUUAGAUGCAAAUGAUUCAGCAGACACAUUCAUUCUUAGAGUGCGUAACAAAUUUAUAGCAGAAGUCGAGGAUGGAGAAAUAGAAUUUCGAGAUUCAGAUGAAACUGAAAUAGAUUCUGAGGAUUUGAUAGAGUACAUAAAGGAAAAGCAGUCAGAUGGCUUCAUUUUAAAUAUUUUUAGCAAACAAAGUUCAAGUGCCGGAUUAUUCAUAGAGGAGUCAACUGUAAUAAUAGAUACUUUAUUGACUGCCAGUACAUCAGCUGGUUGCAAAUAUGAAGUUAGUAAUACUUUGAAACCUGAAUCUCGUCGAGCUUUGGUUAGAUUAAUUGUUGGACAUAUUCAAGAACAGCAUGGCAAAAUUCCAGGUAAUGACAUAAAGAUUUUUUACGCAAAAGGAAUUGUGCAAAAUUUUCCGACGUUACGGGAUCCUAGUACUGCUGAGGGAUAUGAGUUAUUCUACAAUCCUAAGGAUAGAAGCGGAUAUUUGAGUUGGCGCCUUCGUACAGUAAAUAGGAUAUCAAUUCCUGACAAUGUUCCAAAAAAAAUUAAAAUAGAAACAAAAACAGCUUUAGUACCUAAUAGUAGCCCUGAAAAUCCAAGAGUUCCUGACGGUGACUUAAAUGACAAUCAAGAAAAAGAAAUUAUUGAGUGGCUAAAAAAUGCAUCUCCAACAACACAAUUGGCUGAUAUUGAAGUUAAGAUGAGACAAUCAUUAAAAUAUCGUCGAACUAUAAUACUGAAUCCAGAACUGUCCAAAAAUAUACUUAUUGAAUUCCCACGAUUUGUAGAUACGCCAGGUUUAAUACAAAAAGAUUUUGAAGCUUUAAUGCCAGAGCAUUCAUCAAAAUUGGAUAAAAACUGGCAGGAUUUUGAGGCUAGAAUUGUAAAAGUAUCGGAAAUUACACUAAAGAACAAACGUAAAGAUAUUGCACUAUGGGACAAAACUACACAAACAUUGUUUUUACUUCUGCAUCUUCUACCACCAACAGCUAGAGGGAAAAAGAAGCCAAAUCAUGCAACUGUGAACGUUGCAAUGUCACGUCUUAUAUCGUUUCAUCAGAUUGAUCUUCCACUGCCAUCUGAGCAAGAAUUAACAAAAAUUAGUUUGCAGCCAUUUCUACUAGCAAUCGGUUCUAAUCAACAAGCAAUUAGCAAUUUUUACGUGGUUAUUGAUGGAAAGCUUCUGCCAUGCCCACCUAACACAUCAAGUAUUAUUGCUUUUGAUACCCUCUUUAAGGCUCAUUAUGUAUUUGGCUGUAAAUAUGAAGAAUCGUUAGAAAUAUUCUGGAAAUUUGUGCAGACGAUAUUUUAUGGCAUUGACGUCGACAAUCUUAGUUUUACUCCAAAAAUGCGUGAAUUCCCCGCGGAGUCGGACCCCGUUGUGCCAGCGGCACAACAUUAUUGGUGGCAGCGGUGGGAUCCGUAUCCGGGAGGAACCGGAAGCUCCAACCAACCCCUGGUAGCCACUAACAAACAAGUGCAAUUAAAGUACGGCAAAGAUCGAGCUAGCGAGGAUCAGCCAAGGCUAAGCCGAGCGCAGCAAGCACGAGUCAACCGGUAG